AUUUUAUCAAAAUACAAACAAUGAACAUUAAACCACGACUUUAUGGAGAUGCAAAUUUAAAAAAGAGACCAUCCUAUUUUGAAUUUGAAAAUAUGGAGAUUCAUUAUGGGUAUUUGGAAUGAGUAAAUUUAGAUAACUUGAUAAUUAUGAGAUUGUAAGGAAGAUAGGAAGAGGAAAAUAUGCAGAAGUUUUUGAAGGGAUAAAUGUAAAUACACUUCAAAAGGUUGUUAUCAAAGCUUUGAAACCAAGUAUGAGAGAUAAAAUAUUGAAUAGUAAGAUAGAAGAAGAUAAAGAGAGAAAUCAAAAUAUUACAAAAUUUGAAUGGAUAAAACAAUGUGUUGAAAUUACUAGAUGUAGUAUUUGAUCCAGCUUCAAAGACUACAAGUUUGAUUUUAGAGUUCAUCAAUAACACAGAUUACAGAGUAUUAUACCCUUAAUUGCAGGAUUAAGAUGUUCGCUUUUAUAUGUAUGAGAUUUUGAAAGUAAUUUAAACUAUAUUAAUAAAUAGUCCCUAGAUCAUUGUCAUAGUAUGGGAAUANUUACAUUAAUAAAAAAAAUCCAAAUUUUCAAAUCGUUUAGAUACUAAUAAAUAUAUCUAUCAAAAUAGUUAACAAAUGUUUUUUAUAUCUUGAAUAAUCACAAUAGAUGCUACUCUAUAAUAUCUGUGUUUACAACAGAUUAGUAUUUUUGCUCGAAAAGCCUAUUAUUAAAGUAGCAAAGUAUUAGACUUGUAACUUAAUUAUUCUCUAGUCUAAUAAAAUAAUAUAUUAAUUAAUUAAUGUAAUCAGUAUGA